UUUAUUUCUACAAAAAUUCACGGCGCUAUCGUGGCUUGAUAACUACUGAAAGAACUUUAAACGAGAAUAAAAGAGAAUACAAUAUUUUCAAGGAAAUUGCAUUAUUUUUUUUUGUAUUUCAAAAAUACAGCAUAAGUAAUUAAAGUUCUAAAAUCGCUAAAUCAAAAAAGAAUUAGGAUCUAAGGUUGUACUCUAAAAUCCAUAACCUGCUAGCCACGUCGACCACUUCACUAGGUUCGAUGCUUUUGCUGUUAAAUUAUAAAGUUGCUUAAAAUUUGAUUAAUGAGAUAGGCUUUCGGAGCGGGAUUUAAUUAAGAACUUCUUCUGCGACAUAAUUAAUAACUAAGUUUGGCAUAUAAUUAAGAACUUCAUCUAGGAUAUAAUUGAAAUGAAUAUAUUUCGGCUUGCCGGUGAUUUAUCGCAUUUGCUUGCUUUGAUUAUAUUGUUGAUAAAAAUAUGGAAAUCAAGAUCCUGCGCGGGAAUUUCAGGAAAAUCACAAAUAUUGUUUUUAAUUGUUUAUAUGGCUAGAUACUUGGAUCUGUUUACCACUUUCGUCAGCUUAUAUAACUCAAUUAUGAAAGUUGUAUUUUUGUUGUCGUCCAGUGCAACAGCUUAUUUAAUGUACGUGAAGUUCAAGGCAACUUAUGAUCACAAUCAUGACUCAUUCAGAGUAGAAUUUUUAAUUCUUCCAUGUGGUAUACUUUCCCUGCUGAUCAAUCAUGAAUUCACAGUUAUGGAAAUUCUUUGGACUUUUUCUAUUUAUUUGGAAUCAGUUGCGAUAUUACCACAGUUGUUUAUGGUUAGUAAGACAGGAGAAGCCGAAUCUAUUACUUCACAUUAUCUUUUUGCCCUCGGAUCGUAUCGUGCUCUGUAUCUAUUUAACUGGGUUUAUAGAUAUAUAAUGGAAACACAUUAUGACUUAAUUGCUAUCUUUGCUGGAGUAGUUCAAACUAUACUUUACUGUGACUUUUUUUAUUUAUAUGUUACAAAAGUUCUUAAAGGAAAGAAAUUACAACUACCGGCAUAAGUACAUAUGUUCUAAGAAUUAGUUUUAAUGUUAUUGUGGUAAACAGCACAUUCAUUUCAUCGAUUUUGCUUUUAAGAAAUUCUAUAAAAGUAUCAUAGUGAGACAGUAAUGUUACAAAAGUAAGGUAGCAAUAAAAUAUUUCUAAAAUUCA